GUAAAUGAGUUAGCCCGUUUCCAUAGCAUCCAACCCCAGUAUAAGCUUCUGAGUGAGAGCGGGCCUGCUCAUUCCAAGGAACUUCUCCAGCCAAUAGCCUUUAGAAUCCAGCCCACUGAGCGUGGUCUCAGGCACUCUAAGUGCAGAUGGAAAGCAUGUGCAACCCCUUUUUUCUGCUGGAUUUGGUUCCCAGUUGCCAGUGCACAUAGAGGACUGCGGAUAUCUGCAUAAGCGCGAUUACUAAUAACCACACAGCAGAAUUGAUAUUAGACUGUCUUGAAAUGUCCUCUGGCGGUGAAAUUAGUCCAGAACUCCAGUUUAGCCUCAGGCAGAUUCUUACACAAUGGCAAAUGCAGACAAGUUCUUUGGCAAAACAUCACAAAUGAUGUUCUCGGUGCAGCUGAGUCUUGGCGAGCAGACAUGGGAGUCCGAAGGGAGCAGUAUAAAGAAGGCCCAGCAGGCUGUUGCUAAUAAAGCUCUGGCGGAAUCUACGCUUCCCAAACCAGUUCAGAAACCACCCAAAAGUAAUGUCAAUAAUAACCCAGGUAGUAUAACUCCGACUGUGGAACUGAAUGGGCUUGCUAUGAAAAGGGGAGAGCCUGCCAUCUACAGGCCGUUAGAUCCAAAGCCAUUUCCAAAUUAUAGAGCUAACUACAACUUCCGCGGCAUGUACAAUCAGAGGUAUCAUUGCCCAAUGCCGAAGAUUUUUUAUGUUCAGUUGACAGUAGGAAAUAAUGAAUUCUUUGGUGAAGGGAAGACUCGACAAGCUGCCAGACAUAAUGCUGCAAUGAAAGCCCUUCAAGCACUGCAGAAUGAACCUAUUCCAGAAAAGUCUCCCCAGAAUGGUGAAUCAGGAAAAGAAAUGGAUGAUGACAAAGAUGCGAAUAAAUCUGAAAUAAGCUUAGUGUUUGAAAUUGCUCUGAAGAGGAAUAUGCCCGUCAGUUUUGAGGUUAUUAAAGAAAGCGGACCCCCUCAUAUGAAGAGUUUUGUUACCCGGGUGUCAGUGGGAGAAUUUUCUGCAGAAGGAGAGGGAAAUAGCAAAAAACUGUCCAAGAAGCGUGCGGCAACCACUGUCUUACAGGAGCUUAAAAAACUCCCACCUCUUCCUGUGGUAGAAAAGCCAAAACUAUUUUUUAAAAAACGCCCUAAAACAAUAGUAAAGGCUGGACCUGAGUAUGGUCAAGGAAUGAACCCCAUCAGUCGCCUGGCCCAAAUCCAACAGGCCAGAAAGGAAAAGGAGCCUGAUUACGUCUUACUUUCGGAACGAGGGAUGCCUCGCCGUCGAGAGUUUGUGAUGCAGGUCAAGGUGGGCAAUGAAGUUGCUACUGGAACAGGACCUAAUAAAAAGAUAGCCAAGAAGAACGCUGCAGAAGCGAUGCUGUUACAGCUUGGCUAUAAGGCAUCCACUAGCCUUCAGGAUCAGCUCGACAAGACGGGGGAAAACAAAGGAUGGAGUGGGCCGAAGGCUGGAUUUUCUGAACCAACAAACAAUACUCCAAAAGGAAUUCUUCAUCUUUCUCCUGAUGUUUAUCAAGAGAUGGAAGCCAGCCGCCACAGAGUGACCUCUGGCACGACUCUAGGCUACCUGUCACCCAAAGAUAUGAACCAACCUUCAAGUUCUUUCUUCAGCAUGUCUCCCUCAUCGGCUAGUUCAGCCACAGUUGCCAGGGAACUCCUUAUGAGUGGAACAUCUCCUACAGCUGAAGCCAUAGGUUUAAAAGGAAGUUCUCCUACUCCCCCUUGUUCUCCAGUACAGCCUUCAAAACAGCUGGAAUAUUUAGCAAGGAUUCAAGGCUUUCAGGCAGCUCUAAGUGCCUUGAAACAGUUUUCUGAACAAGGACUGGAAUCAAUUGAAGGGGCAGUGAACGCUGAAAAAGGCUCCCUUGAAAAACAAGCCAAGCACCUACGCGAGAAAGCCGACAAUAACCAGGCGAACCCGGGCUCCAUCACUCAGGACUGCAAGAAAUCAAAGUCGGCCAUCUAGCAGCUCCCAGAACCCACGGCUGCCACCGCGUCCUUAUAAAGCUGUCAGCACGCAUGAGGGUGUCUGUGUUCAAGGAAAUGAAUGACUAGUACCAUUGUCUGAGUCUUGUGUAUGUGAAGACAACACUAUUGUAACGCAAGGACAGUGUACAUGGUACUGUUUGUUCAACUGGGGGAGAACAAAACUCUGAGCAUUUCCCUUGGAACUUGAGAUCAGAUCAUAACUCCUUUGCCCAGAGGCAGCAGAGAUCUGAUCCCACUACCGGAGCUUAAAAAUAACCAUUAAUGAAACGUGUAGGAAGCAAGGCUAAAGUCUUGAAAUGAUUCAUAGCCAAGUCUGGGUUGGGUUCUGUCCUUGCGGUUGUUUUCUCGUGGCCAUUGUGUCGUUAUAUUCUCUCGUUUGAAACAAUGCUUGACAAUUCAGAAAGUAACCAAUGAUGUGCUGUGGAAUGUGAUGGUUGUCUUCAUAUAGUCACACAGUUUCUCCUCUUAUGCAGAUAUCUGUCAUCUUCAUCUUGCAAACACACGCGCGCACACAUACACACACACGCAUAUAUGAAUUGCUUUAAGGUGCAUUGCACAAAGAUGGAUGCAAAUAACUGUGUUGAGAUCGGAUCAGAUGAUUGACUUAAAAUAUAAAAUAAUGCUAGGAACAAGUAGUUUCCAUGUCUUUCAGAACUUUUAAAAAGACAAAAUGAAACAAAACCAAGCGGAUGUGGGUUUUGCGCUACGUGACGCCAUGAGCCAUCGAGGGGGCGUCUUGCCUCUGCACGUCUACCCUGUCGUGGAAAUUGUGCCCACCCCCACCCGUGUGUUGUAGCCACUCACUGUUUGCACCGAGUGUCUUCAGUAACUGCCUCUGGACCCAGGACAGUGAGUAGGAUCAAAAUAAACACUGUACAUGGUGGGGAAGGGAAAGCUUGCUGAAGCGUCUGGCUAACCACGCUCUGGACCAGCAUGUCGGAAUCCAUCGUGGGGCAAAUGCAGUAAAGAUUUGGUUGGUUUCUGUAUGA